GUGCGGGACAGCUGGCGCCGGGUGGCAGCAGCAGAGCUGGAGGCGGUGGCCACUGUGGCCAGGAGCAAGCUGUGCUGCAGGAGCCGCAGCAGCAGCAGCAGCAGCAGCAGCUGGGUUGCACAGAAGUAGCCUCUUCGGCCAACCCUUCCUCGCUCUUUGGAGAUGGCAGGUGAAAUCACGGAGACCGGGGAACUCUAUUCUCCUUAUGUCGGGCUGGUGUACAUGUUUAACCUCAUUGUGGGCACGGGCGCACUCACCAUGCCCAAGGCCUUUGCCACUGCUGGGUGGCUCGUCAGCCUCAUCCUGCUGGUAUUCCUGGGCUUCAUGAGCUUUGUGACAACCACCUUUGUGAUGGAGGCCAUGGCUGCAGCCAAUGCCCAGCUCCGCUGGAAGAGGAUGGAGACUCACAAGGAAGAGGAAGAUGAAGACUCCUCCACGGCCUCAGACAGUGACAUCCUCACCCAAGACAACUAUGAGCGGGCGGAGAAACGGCCCAUCCUGUCUGUGCAGAGACGUUCAUCAGCCAACCUUUUUGAAAUCACAGACCGGGUGGAAAUGGGACAGAUGGCUUCCAUGUUCUUCAAUAAAGUGGGGGUCAACCUGUUCUAUUUCUGCAUCAUUAUUUACCUGUAUGGAGACCUCGCCAUCUACGCUGCAGCUGUGCCCUUCUCCCUCAUGCAGGUGACCUGCAGUGUGUCUGGAAAUGACUCCUGUGGCGUGGACACAGACACCAAAUACAACGACACUGACCUAUGCUGGGGGCCCCUGCGCCGGGUGGAUGCCUACAGGAUCUAUCUGGCUGUCUUCACCCUCCUCCUUGGACCUUUCACCUUCUUUGACGUCCAGAAGACGAAGUACCUGCAGAUCUUGACCUCUCUGAUGAGAUGGAUCGCUUUCGCCAUUAUGAUUGUGCUGGCCCUGGUGCGCAUCGGGAACAGGCAAGGAGAGGGGCACCCACCCCUGGCCAACUUCUUGGGGGUUCGGAACCUGUUUGGGGUGUGUGUCUACUCCUUCAUGUGCCAACACUCACUGCCAUCCCUCAUCACCCCGAUCUCCUCCAAGCGCCACAUCACACGCCUGGUGUUCCUGGACUACGCAUUGAUCCUGGCCUUCUAUGGACUCCUCUCCUUCACGGCCAUCUUCUGCUUCCGUGGUGACAGCCUCAUGGACAUGUACACCCUCAAUUUUGCAAGGUGCGACAUUGUGGGCGUGGCUGCUGUCCGGUUCUUUCUGGGCCUCUUCCCUGUGUUCACCAUCAGCACCAACUUCCCCAUCAUUGCGGUGACCCUGCGCAACAACUGGAAGACGCUCUUUCACCGUGAGGGUGGCACGUACCCAUGGGUGGUAGACCGCGUGGUGUUUCCCACCAUCACUCUGGUGCCCCCCAUUCUGGUGGCCUUCUGCACCCAUGACCUGGAGUCCCUGGUGGGCAUUACAGGAGCCUAUGCGGGCACCGGCAUCCAGUAUGUCAUCCCUGCCUUCCUGGUGUACCUCUGCCGCAAGGACACCCAGCUGGCCUUCGGCUAUGGAACUGUCAACAAGCACAGGUCCCCAUUCCGCCACACCUUCUGGGUGGGCUUCGUGCUACUGUGGGCUCUCUCCUGCUUCUUCUUUGUCACAGCCAACAUUGUCCUCAGCGAGACCCAGCUCUGAGAGCAGGACUGACAAGAGGAGGCAGGGACAGCCCAGCACCAGCCUCCCUGCCUCAGAGCGGGAUUUAGCUGCCACCAGGUCUACAUGCGCAUCCAGGACUGGGGGUCUUGGAGAAGGCCUUCUAUGUCUCUAGCUGGUGUCUUCUCCCUACCUGGGCCUCGCCAUGCAAGACGGCCCUCCUGCCUGGGAACAUGGCUCUUCCCAGCGUCUGGGAUGGACACAAUCUGUUACACACAUUCCUCCACUCCUGCCACUGGAGGCUGGCUCCCUCCUCUGUGCAGUGGGGGAGACAGUGCUGGCACUGCUAUUUAUACUACAUCCCGUGCCCCCUCCUGCAUCCUUGACCGUCCACUAGCAGCCGCUGCCUCUUCAGAGGCAAGUCCCAUGCCCUGGCUCUCCUAACCUGGCCUGCUUGUGAUGGCCAAGGCCCAUUUCCUGACAGUCCUGACAGUUGCUAAGUAUUCGUCCUGUGGGAGGCCUGGCCAGCUCUGGUGACAAGGACGGACAGGAAGUGCUAAUUGGCACCAGGGUCCCUAGACAAGAGCUGUGAGAGCUUUUGCUGUGGGUGCCAGCUCUGUUGUGGCAGAUAGAUAAGGCGUCCCUUCCGUGGGGUUUAAAGUCCAUUGCUUUGGGGUCCCUUUCAGGGAUCCCCUGUUCCCUGGCUUCUCCUUUGGAGCCCAGGGACCCCCUGAAGUGUGGGGUACCACUUGAGAAGCUGCCCUCAUCACCCCACCCACAGCCAUAGUGGCUGACUGCCCUGGACUUAGAGCAGGGAGAGAACAGAGUGCCCUCUGUGACAGGUCAGGCCCAUGUGUCACAGCCCAGCUUGCUCCCACGCUGCACUGCAACACUAGGUGGUGCCCCUAGAAGCCUGGUUGUAGUGUUCAGUGGCCACAUUCUCCAGGCAGUGUGGAGCUGGAGGGGGUGUCCACCACCGUAGCUGGAAGGAGGCCAGGUUCCCAGCUGCCUCCUGUUUGGCCACGUGUGCACCCACUAGGCUCAAUGCCUUGGAAUGAUGAGUGAUUAAUGAACUGCAUUUUCGAUGUGCCUUCUGCUUUGGGCACCAGGGAUCCCUUCUGACCCCAACCCUGGGCCUAGUCCCGCCUGUCCUGGACAGAGCUGCCUCUGGGGUGAAAGGUCUCAGACCUCUGCCCCUCCCUCUUGAUUUCAGUGCCUUGCUCCACCCUCAUGAGGGAACUUCCGCCAGCCAACCCUUCUUCCCUUCUACAUCUUGCCAUAUUUAAAGCUUGAGCUCUGCUAUGCUGUUGGAUGUCCCAGGACCCAGGGGGCUGUGCAGGACCUGCUACCUCUGGCCCCGGCACCCUUGCCUCUAAGACUCUCUAGGUCCCCAUGGGCCUGUCUACAGUACAGCUUUCUCACCACUACCCCACAUCGGUAGUUCUUAAGCAUCAUCGUUGCCCAUCCGCCUGGAAAGCAGACGUCCCUACACCCAUGCGCCAUUGCAGCAUCUCCCUGGGAGACCCCGCCCCAGGGUGGGCCAAGGGAGGGAAGCAUUACAGUAGUAGCAGGGCCAGGAGUAGGAAGACUCCCAUCCUCCUGUGCUCAGGCUGUUUGCCGAGAACUCAAUUAAAAACAUCUGUGCUUACCCUUCUCCCUCUUGCUUAAGGACAAAGCAAAUUAAAUCAUCUUGCUGCAACACACACACCUCCACCCCACCCCCAGGCUCCAAACCAAAUUUUGAUGGAAAAUUUAUUAGCAUCAUAAAGCCCAGGUUGAUUUAUGUGGCAAUCUGGAGCCACGCACAGCAGUAGAGUGGCUGCCGUGUCCCCUCCACCUCCAGGUUAAGUUAGGGAGGCCCCAGCCUAGGAGGGAGGAGGGACCCAGUGACCACUGCUGCCCUCUGGGGUCUCUGCUCUUCCAUCUCCACCUCUUGUCCGGUCUGCUAGAAGUCACGUGAGGUCACCUCCAUCACCAUACCAGGCCUCUGUCACUGGCAGAGAAGAGUUGGGUCUAAAGAGGGGAGGGCUCAGGACUCAGCAUUCCCGGGUGGGUGUCCCUUGUUCCCCACAGGCAUCAAGCACAUUGAAUUGUCUGGUAUCCCCUGGGUAAGGUGGUGGGCUAGGCCCUGGUGUCUGUUUGCAAAGAGGCCCUGAGGUUAGUGGUCUGGAGGACAGCAGAGGAGCCUGCCCAGCCUGGCCCCAGGUCUGAACUCGGCAGCCACCACUGCUGUCUAUUUCCAUGGUUCUGGACCAGUCCCGGGGGCAGGCCAGGUCAAGGUGGGAGUGAGCAUUCUCCACCAAAGCACCAGGCCCAGCUGAGCACCAGGGCACAGUGCCAGGAGCUCUGGCUGCGCCUCACCUGAGGCCGGUAGAUGGGGCAGAUGGCAGGCUGUGAGGCACUGCUGAGUGAUAGAAAGUGGCGAUGGGCACCAGGCCAGGCCCAAGGCCGCACAGCUGUCCUCACCACAUGGGACCGAGAGCAGCCUCAGCAACAGGCAGUGCCCGCCUCAUGGGGGCUCUAGCUGAAGAGAACGGUGGUUCCAGGCCCCGGGGGCAGAGGAAAGCUGAGCCCUGUCUACUGACUGUUGCCAGGGGCCACUGAGAGGCUAGCUCUCAAUAGCCAGGCUGCAGGCAGGCAAGCCCUGUCAACCUUCCUCCCGGGGGCGUGCUGCAUGCCUGGCACAGUGUUGGAUACGUUGUGAGGACCAAACUCUCAGACCCUGUGGCCUCUGAGCAGUAAGCAUCUGUAACCCCCUCUUCUAGGUACCUCCAGAUCACAGGAAAUUAAAGGACUGAACUUAGCCCAGCACCAAAGUCCUUAAUAAAGCUGCUAUU